GUAGUCAUUGUUUGGCACCAUGUCCUUUUUCACCCUUAACUUCAGUCUGAAGUGAAAGUAACUCACCACAAAUUUAGCAUCUUGCCCAUGCCAAGGAAACACCAAGUUACUUGUAUAGUUGUAUGCAAUAAGAAAUUCAAUGUCCAUUGCUUUCGCUUCAGAAAUACCUUGCAGGUUCCAUUGCUGAAGUCUUCACCCUAAAGAUUAAAACCUCAUAUUUUCAGAGAAGAUGGAAGGCCCCUUUCAAGCAGGAAUUUCAAAUGGGAAAUCAUAAUAGAGAUGAGUUAGAUGACUAACAAGGAAUUUACUUCUGUUUGGGGUAACUUUUCACCUACAACUCUCAUCAAGAAAUUUCAGCAUGGGAUUCUCUUUUAAUCAAGACUCUUCAAAUACUUCCAAGAGAUUCAAAUUCCUUGCCUCAACCCUUAAGGAUGCAUUUGCUAGCUGUCAUUCUUUUCGGAAAAAUUCACAUUCAAGUGCAGAAGAAGAUGAUCCGAUUUGCGACUAUGAUAAUGAAGAUGAACAGGUAUUUAUAUCAGCAGUGAUAAGUAAAUAUAUGGAGUUGAAAUGCAGAAGAAAGACAAACAUCUCAACUGAAAAGUUUACCUGGGCAUUCUCUCCAACAACAGGAGAUUUAUUCAUCUCUGCAAGACUAAGGCAAAAGGAGGACAAUGAGGAUCAAGAAAAGGAAGAAAGCGAAGAUUUUUACUCUGUUGCUAGUCGUCUUUCUCCCUGCUCAAGUUCUACAGGUUUUGAGGCAUUUGUCACAGCUAAAACAAUCUUUUCUCGUUCUUCAAGCUUAGACAGGAUUGACUUCCAAGAUCUCUGGACGCAUUCUAUUAUUCAGGAAUUCUCUCACUGUGAAGGAUGGCCAUUUGGCCUAUACCGAAAAGCCUUGUUACUUCCACCUUUGCCAAAAUCACCAUCUGAUUCUUGGUCAUGGCGCAAGAGUGCUGGAACGGUUAGGAUGCAUUGAUUGCUGGCAUUUUAAAUGAGUUAUUUCUUGUAGGCAAAGUAACUUUGCAUUUUCUAUGGAGAAAGGAUGCUGAUCUUAGGUUUAUGCAUGAAUUAUGUUAUUUGCUAAUGGUAUAAUCUUUGCAUAAUUGAGGACAGCUUUUUUAAUAUCAUUCCAUCUUCUCAGACCAACACUUUUAAUAUUAUUUGACAUACAAUAAUUUCUAUAUGUCUGUUAUGAAUCUGCACCCUCUGAGAGUUUAUUAACCAAACAGAUUUGGCCCCAAGGAAUUCUAAGAAUUCUUGUUAUACAUUUGUUCCAAUCCUCAAUCCUCUUUUCUAGAUUCAUGGAUGUUGAAUCAAUCGAACCCACUUCUAACA